UUGACACUGCUGCUAUCAGAGUAGUGUGUUCCUGUAAAGUGAGUGUGGAUCUUUAUUUAAUGUGGGGCUGUAGUAGAGUUGGAGGGAUUCGUUAGAGUAGAUGGCUUGUUGAAAGAGAUGUAGGCUGGGAGGAAAUCUUAACUGGACGUUUUAAAACGCUACGAUCUCUCCCGUCCGGCUGUUAUGGAGCAGCCACCUGGGAGCUUUGAUGAUCUCCAGCCUCAAGACCUCUCCACCUCCAGCAUCCCCACUGUGAUUGACCUGGCCAGGAAAGGCGGGGAAUGUAUUAUCGACAGCUCAUCUCUUGACGCUCUGCGGAUGGUCAAGAGCCCCGGCUGGUACCCAAACUCAGGGACUGGCAACCCCAGAUUAGUUUUCUCAGAAACCAGCUCCUCAGACACCACUCUCCAAUCAGGGGAUCAAAUUCAACCAGACAAUGCCUUCUCCCACACUACAGUCACCCUCUCGUACGUGAGCAGGUCUCACGUUUUUUCCAAUCAUGAUUCCCUGUCUCAACAUACGUCUCUGUAUGGUGUGCCACCCAUUAGCAAGUUGUCCCUCCACCCUGCUUGUGAUUCAGAUACAGGGCUUGGGGAGACUGGCUAUGCACUGAACCAGCAUUACGUGGAGCAGGUCGAUGGGCCUGUGGACCUCGCCACUCAGACAGAACUUUUUCAGUCAUUGUCUCAGGCUCAUGUGGGACCAGAGAAUGAUAGAGGAAUAUGUCUACAGCAGGAGUCUCAGGAGUUAAAUGGUGGAGUCAUUUUCAGUGAUGAGGACAUGGAUGAGAAUGUAAAAGGCGAAGAGGAAAAUAGCCUUUCUCGGGAGAAGAGUGGGGGUUUAGAGAAUGGACAGGGUGAUAGCUGUUCAAGUUCAGGAAUAUGUGCUGAAUUCUCACUGGAGACACUCACCCCUGCCACAGGGGAGGAUGAGGAGAGGAGUGGCUCUGAGGUGCUCUUUCUCAUGUCUAACAAACAGGAACCAGCUGUGGUUGCAGGCAGUGUGGGUGCUAGAGACCUGUGUUCACUAAACAGGGAGUACGUCAGUCCUCUGGAGGACCCUGUCUCCCCCUCUGCUACCUCACUGGACGAUGUGGAAGAUGUGUUCAUCCUGCCUCAGGCCUCCAGCUCACCCAGCAGCGACAACUGUAAACUACAUGAGGUUGUGUUGGAUGGCUUUAGUAAAGAGGGGGUCAUUCAGCCAGGCACUGGCAUCAGCAAUAGUACAGCAAGGUUAGAUUUAAGUGAUGAAAAUAAGCAGCCUAUCCAUAGACGGAAGGCAGCAUUGGAGCCUUUGAUUGACUUGACAGAUGAUAUUUGUGUGUCAGAUGUUUCCGAAAACAAACCCCAGGCUGUCGUUCCUCACAUGAACGGGGAUGCAAAGGCACUGCAGAAAACUUUAGGAGAAAAGAAACUGCCAGUGCGUUCCAGCAGAGGAACACGGUUGGAGGCUAUUGUUAUGAACAUAAAUUCAAGCAGGUAUAAAGUGUCAGGAUGCAUAUGCACCAAUAAGCAAGCAACUGCUUCCCAAUCAACAGCUAGUGAUUUUAAAUUAGCCAGUCCUAAGAGGAAUGACACCCUGUCAGUAGGAAAAAUUAAAAACGGAGCGAAAGCACGUUUUUCAGUGAAAACAAUAAAACAAAAAGCAGUAACUUCAGUAAAAAGGGGUAAAACUAAUAACAUUAAGACUGACAGUAGCAAAGACUCUACCUCUGAUUUUGAAGUCAAUCAUUCUAGCAGGUCUAAUGGCAGCACAUCUCUAAAAAGCCCACAGGUUGCUGUGCACAUGAAGUCAAAGAAGGAGACAGAGGAUAUUUCAUACUCCACAUACUCACCACAGACCAGCACUGUCAAGUCAAAGAGGAAACUCUCUUCACAGUCAAGUCCUCAGUUUGAUGUGCACAAAAAGUCAAAGGAGCCAGAGCAUCUUUCUCACACUGACCCCUCAGUGGAAAUUCAUAUGGCAAGAUUUCCCCCAGCACCACCAACAUCAAAAUCUCCAAAGAAAAGCCAAGGCAAAGGCAAGGCUACAGGUAGAAAAAUAUCUGUCACUGCCAAGACAAAGGGGGCGGGCACUCCCAGGAGGAGGCAAAAGAAACACAAAAGGAGCCAGUCUUCCUCCAUGUUCUCCCCCAAGGAGCCAGAGAUCAAGUUGAAGUAUGUGAAUUACAAGGAGGAGAAAAGGGACUUUAGAUUAGACAGUUUCUCUCCAUUUAUCCGCAUGGAGCGUCAGCAGUCAUUGUCAUCACUGUGUACUGUAAUCAACUACCCCGAGGAGGUAAGGACGCAACACAAGAAGGGCCAGCAGCAGGCUCACCUCUGUGGCUUCAUUUCUGCAGUUGUACCUAGCACUUCCUGUUUGCAGGUGGGCCGAGCAUCCAUGCACGGCCAACGCCAGCGUGCUCUCGUCUGCUGCCUGUGUGGGCAGGCAGCUAAUGCCAUGGACUUGGGGGACCUUCAUGGCCCCUAUUACCCUGAAGGGUACCAGCCAAGCACCAAAACACCUGCCAGCAUGUUGGGCCUCAAAGAGGACGAGGACGACUACAGUGACUCAGACUCUUCAUCCUACAGUAUCAGAGGCAGAGGGAGGAAGUGUGCCGUUCCACCUACACCGCUGCGCCUCAGGCCAGGAGCUCAGCUGCAGCAGAAAGGCCUCCUGGAGAGUCACCAGUGGACAGCUGACAAUGCUGGUAGUCCUGCAGCUAAGCAGGCUCGCUCAGAUGUUGAUUCUGCUGAUGUGGAGGACUGGUACAGCCCCCCUGUGCUGCCUCUAGAGCCCUGUGAAUACUGGCUCCACGAAGACUGUGGCAUCUGGUCCGCAGGUGUGUUUCUUGUGAAGGGCAAAGUCUACGGACUGGAGGAGGCUGUCAAGGUGGCCCAGGAGACGAUGUGUUCGGCAUGCAGUGACUCUGGUGCUACACUGGGCUGCUUCUUCAAAGGCUGUCCAAACAAGUACCACUACAGGUGUGCUCUGGAGUCAGCAGACUGUGUACUCGUUGAAGAAAACUUUUCCAUGAAGUGUAAAAAGCACAAGAACAAGACAUUCAUAGUCCCUCCAGGGAACCGAUGGAUCUCAUGAGAAAUGGAGAGAAAAUUGACUGGUGCGCAGAGGCAUACAACCGCCGGGCUGGUUUAAUCAGAAGUAUUAAAGUCAUGGCGUUUUUCAAGAAGAAAUGUGUUGAGAUGAAUUCAUUACUUUGAAAUAUGUUUUACUCUUUAUUUAUCCAGACAUUCAGCUGCAACAUCCUGCAGGGCCAUUCCUUGCGCUACUGCUGGUAACCAUGCCAACUGUGGACUGAGGUUCUCCUGACUGACAGCUAGCACCUGUAAACCUUAACUUCACCCUCUGCUUUUCAACUGUACUGUUAACCUCUGACACUGUGGCUGGAGGCACCCAGUCACUGAAACCUCCCUCAGUCCAAUCCUCUGGUACUCCUCAAACUGACACCAAUAACAACUGCACACUGGGGAAACCUACUCUCAACUUUGUGUUAUCACUCUGUACUUAUUUAUAAGGAUUUUUUGUUUUUGGAUUAAAUAUGAAUAAUAAUCAAAGAUAUUUAAUUUUUUAAAGAUUUUGUAAGUAUUUGAUUUUAUUUGGUUUAUUUAUUCUUGGAGUUUUCUUAUUGGCUUCUUAUCAGUUGUCCAAGAGGUUUGGUUGUGUGUUUUUAAGUUAUUGGUUAAGUUAAUAAAGCUGAAAUAUCAAGCCAGUUAAGGAGAUACUGGUUUUAUUUAAAGACAGGACAGAGAAAGGGCUGGUUGGUGGGAGACUCUGUCAACACAACAGGGUUUCAUAUCGAACAGAACCCCUUUUAUAUCAUAGCACAUGGAAUUAUUACAUUGAGUUUCACAAAGAGCGCUUCAAAAGCCAAAUCUCAAAUACACCUUAAUGACACUUGCACUAAAUGUUGGCCCCAGUUGAUGUUAUCCAGGGCACUAAACCAUGUGUUUGAAUGUAUUCUUCACAUGUGACAGGUACAAGUACUGUGACAGAAGUACUUGUGAACAUGUCUAAUCCUCUGCCUCCCCACAUUUAAUCAUUUACUUAAGGUUGUUUGAGGUUCACAGGUCAACCAACAAUCUGGAUGACCCCUAGUAAUUUUAUUUGUCUUAAAGCACUUUUGUGUCCCGCUUCAGGCUUGGAGAAUUGAAAUGUGUCCGUGUUAUUGGUCUGUACAGCCCUUCAAUCAAUUGGUAUCCUAAUGAGAAUUCAAUAGGAUUUGUUGAGAGUCCUGUAAGAAGAUAAUUAAAGCAGGCUUGAUUUUUUUUUUCUUAGAAAGUAAAGGGACUUCUUUCAAUGCAAAUCAUCUGCUUCUUCUCCAGAGCUGCAAAAAGUAAUUUCUGUUCAGUUUCAUUUUCUGAAUCUUGCAACACAGUAUUCACAUUGCUUUGAGUGUACCACAACAAAGUCGUUUAUUUUACACCACUCAGCUUCACCUGUGUCACUUCAAAUUAAGAAGGAUCUAUGUUGGUGAAAUUCUCUGCUGACAUCGAGGAUCUUACUUUUAAUAGGAAUGGCCAGGUACAUAAAGUAAUAGAAAGAUUCCUCAUAGUCUAUUUUCAUGUCUUGACUUGAGCCUACAUGGUGAAUUUCUACCAGAACUUUUCUGACGAAGCCUUAUCUGACGAGAGGUACAUAAAGUCUUUCUUGUUCUCACUAGCUUGUGGUGCAAUGACAAAUCAGUGGAUGUACAUCACCUUUCUUUGGACUUCUUGAUGACUGAAGGCAGCUUCCAUGCACUUUCCUCUGCAGACUUUGUUGUUAUUGAUACCAGGGGCAUGGUAGGUGAGUUACUAAUAAACCCUUCGACAUGCUGACUCUUGAGGACUUAGACCAUGUACUAAGAUUAAUAUUAGUGGUACUUGGUGAAUCCGGUGCUGAGGUCAGGGCCUUGGCCUGUCAGCUUAUACUGAUUGGUGUGAAGUCUCCUUAUCUCCUUUAUUUUGUAUAGCACUAUGAGGGGCAGCAUUGUGCUUACUGUGAGAUCCAUAAAGCCAUGGCUCCAUGUCAGCAGAUAUUCACACAGAGGAGGCUGAAGGCUUUGUCUUCUUCUCACCAGCAGCAGCAGGACACAACACACACAAACACACACACACACACACACACAUAAUCUAAAUGUCUUUAUCCUGGAAUGCCACAUCUCUUUCAUUUGUGCCAUCCUUGUUUUGUGUAUUCAAUGUUUUGUUGCUGUGACAUUUCUACUGCUAUCGUUCUUGAUUACAAGCAGUUUGCAUUGUAUCAAAUACAGAUUUUGGAGAAUGUUUGGAUUUAAAAAAUGUAUUGUCCAUGUGUUAAUCUCAGGGCUGAAUUCUAAGAUAUUCUAAUAAUUUGAAAUUCAUGUUCUUAUUUUUCUUUGGUUUGUUUGGCUUGUUGUGUUAACCCUACAAUGACUAGAGCAAUGAUACAUGUAGCAGGAUGUGGUUAUCUCCUCAGAUGCAAAGCAGUCUGUCCUGGUACACACUACUCAUCACAUUCCAUGCCACUUUUGUCAUGGUCCUUAUUUUAAAGCAACUUUUUAUACUGUCUUGCUCACCUCUUGGAGCAUCAGAAGUCAUGUAAUUGUCAAGAAUAAAUAUUUUGGUCAACAUUG